UUGGGUUUUCAGUUGCGGAACUGCUGGACGAUCAUCCGAAACACUUCCAGGAAAGGUGCAAUGUAAAUAAUACGGACACGCCUCGCUUCUUUUUCUCGAGCUUUCCAUCAGUAUAGUAUAAAAAAGCAAGUCUAUUUUCUAGUGAUAAUGGCGUCUGAAGAUUUGAUGACGAGUUUGGAGACCAUCAGACUUCAGCAGAAGAUAAAAGAACCAGCAUUGUUGCGCUUCCCUUCCAUCCCCUCGCUAGUCGAUCCUUGCGAUUUCUCAUCAUCUAACGUGUUUUACUCCGAAGAGCUAUACGCGUCGCCUGCAACGUGGAGAGAUUUAACAUUAAGAAAUGGGGGAAUUGCGCAUCCAGCAGCACUCGGUUUCAUCGGUUCUAACCUAGUAGACGAGCAGUUCGCAGAACUGCUUUGUCUAUUGAACGACGCCAGGAGAGAAGAGGAGCAGUCCUCGUUGACUAAAGAGUUUAAACUUGUCGUUUCACAAGCAUUGCACUUGACCAGCCGCAUUUAUUCGCCCUCGGUGCUACCUAAAUGCGCUGGAUACAAGUUGGAGUCACUUCCUCCAGACAAUUUACUCAUCGGUUUCUCUACGGAAGACAUUCAGCUACAAGAGAUCUAUCGCAGCUUGAUAAUUGUGGUGCUUCAUCUGUACGCAAUCAUACGCGACAUUUACAAUUCCGCCAGAUUGUGCCCGUCAGAAAGCCUCGCCCAUCUUCAAAUCCUUCGUCAAUUGAUUGGUAAAGUGGAAACGUCCAUGUGUCUCGUUUUGCAGUCUGCCGCCAUUGGCAAACGGAAAGAAAAAGUGGAUUAUUUAACAGUGACUCACGAAGUUCUUCAAACCGCCAUCCACCGUUACUAUCAUUGCUCAGCCAGGUAGGAGGUUCGUGAAUGCCUGGUGAUGAACUACACAUCCGCAGUAUUCGGCUUCGUUCAACGUUACCUUGAUUAAUGCUUACAAUCUAUCGACUCUUGAAGAAUUUCGCGGCAAUUGACGAGAAAAACAUCAAAAGAGAUCUAUUUGAUUUACGACUUAGUUCCCAAGAUUAUAAACGACAUAUAGUCAUAUAUAGUGAACAUUUAUACAACAAAAAUUCUAAAUGAGUUUAAUCAAUAUUCCUUACGUCGAAUCGGCUGUUGGGGAAUAAUGCUU